AUGCUAAUUAAGUGCCUCAGUUAUGAGAAGGUAGCUCCCACAACCCCAACCGCUUCAUCAUAUGCUAUCGUUGGAUACGCAACCACCUACCGGUAUUGGCUUUACAAGAAAGAUGGCUCUCAAGAUCCUGAUUUCAAGAACGCAUCAUUCCCUCUCCCCGAGAUCAAAAUCUCUGAGCUUCCCGCCCGGCUUCGGAUUGCUCAAUUUAUGAUUCUCCCUUCCCACCACCGUGCGGGCCACGGCAACAAUCUCUACACUACUAUCCACGCUGCUUGCAUUGCGGAUCCUACUAUCAUGGAGUUGACAGUCGAAGAUCCCAACGAGCAAUUUGAUGCACUUAGAGAUACUGCCGAUUUCUGCCUCUUGCGGCCCGAAUUUCUUAAGCAUCACAUUAACAUCAAUCCCGAUCCGAACGGGAUGUAUUCUGAAUCGAAAUCAUCGUCGACAAAACUCACAGAGCACUUGAUUCCGCAAAAGGUCUUGAGCGACAUUCGCACUGAGUUUAAAAUCGAAACCACCCAGUUUGCACACGUCUUAGAGAUGUUCCUACUGAAUCAGAUCCCUAAAGGCCAUCGUGGUGCAUCAGCCAAUCUUGCGCGAUUGCUGGUCAAAAAGCAUAAUGCUGAGGAUCCUAACGACCGCCGAUACUUCUGGUGGCGCCUGCUUAUCAAGCAGAGGAUCUACAAGAAGCACAAAGAACUACUGGAUGAACUGGAAAUUCUUGACCGCGCCCAUAAACUGAAUGAAACUGUGCUGACUGUUGAGGAGGGAUACGAAAUCAGACUGGAAGCCUUGAAAGGUCGUUUCCCCGUGCCAUCCACCCGCCGUGAGAAGCGUAAACAUGCUGUCUUGGACGAUGAUGAUGAGGAAGAGGCAGAAUCUGGCGCAGAGCUUGUCAAGCGUCCGAAGAAUUGA